AUGGAGUGUCUACACCGUGCAUCUGUUACUUGUUACAGGUGUGGCAAAGUUGGCCACAUAAUGAAAGAUUGUCCACUCGGGUUUGAGAAUGCCAACCACCCCACAGCAAGUUCAACCGGAUCUGCUUCUGUAGCGAGGUCAAAUGCAAGAACUAAUGCCAGAGGUAACGCUGGGAAUGAAACGUUAAGGCAAGGGAGAGUGUUCGCACUAGUGCUUGGGAAUGUACAGAACACCGAGUCUGUGGUGUUAGGUAUAAUUUCCACUUGUGCCCAAAAUGCAUAUGUCUUGAUAGAUUCUGGUUCUACACACUCAUUUGUGUCGUAUGUCUUUUCUCGAAAAUUAACUAGACCUUUAGAACCCAUGAAUUAUUUAUUGUCCAUAUCUAAGCCAUCUGGGGGUUCUAUGAUAUAUGCUUAUGUCUAUCCAGCAUGUGAUAUUGUGAUUGGUAAUGUGACAUUGUAUGUUGAUUUAUUGCCAUUGGAUAUUGAUCAUUUUGACUGCAUACUGGGUAUGGACUGGUUGACGAAUAUCUUAGUUGUCAUUUCUGCUCAGCCUACAAUCAUUGAAGAAAUUGGAAAGAAACAACUUGAAGAUGAGUUAUUGAAGAAAAUUGUUGAUGAGAUUGACUCAAAACUGAGGUCGGAAUUUGUGCUUACUAAUACUGUGUUGAAAUUUCAGAAUAGACUUUGUGUACCGGAUUGUUCUGACUUGAGGAAACGUGUUAUGACUGAAACUCACAAUUCUAAAUUUUUUAUGCAUUCGGGGAAUACGAAGAUGUACCAUGAAUUGAAACAAAAUUUCUGA